AUGACAUUGGAACAUGCAUUCAACACAGAGUACAACCCACAUCUGUCACAUGUUCGGGGGAAAAGAGCAGUAUUAUCCAAUCGAUGGAACUACAUCAUUGAUGUUGAAGUGAACGUGUCAGACAUCAAAACAAUAGAGCAAAUUAAGUCAGCUGUGAAUUCAACAAGUCUUCCCCUCACUCUCAACAACUCCACUGAAAUCUCUGACGUACACAUCACUACUGUGUGCUACCCAAAUGGUACUGGAUUCCAGUGCAGAUGUGAGGACCAGUAUCGUUGGUCAUAUAACAACUGUGUCACAUAUGGAUCCUGUGAUGACAUCACUGGUGACACAUGUGGAUGUAUCAAUGCCAAUCCAGCUGAUGGACAGUACUGCCAGCCAUACACAAAACCUGUAACUCUUCUGGAGUACUUUGUGGAAGUUGAGGUCAAUGUCAAUGACUUAAAAGCCAUAGACGAACCGAAGAACCUUCUGAAAAACCUCAGUUUACCAUUCGCACUUAGUAGCACGAUCAACAUCACUGAUCUCAACAUUACUACAGUUUGCUUCCCAAAUGGUACUGGAUUCCAGUGCAGAUGUGAGGACCAGUAUCGUUGGUCAUGUGACCAGUGUGUCUCUUUUGGGAAUUGUGAUGACAUCACAUCUGACACAUGUGGAUGUAUCAAUGCCAUUCCUCCAGAUGGACAGUACUGCCAGUCUGUUCACCACCAAAUUCCAACAGUACCACCGACUCUCUAUGAGUACAUGAUUGAAAUUGAACUGAACACCACAGACGUUACAUUUGCUUCCCAAAUGGUACUGGAUUCCAGUGCAGAUGUGAGGACCAGUAUCGUUGGUCAUGUGACCAGUGUGUCUCUUAUGGGAAUUGUGAUGACAUCACAUCUGAAACGUGUGGAUGUAUCAAUGCCAUUCCUCCAGAUGGACAGUACUGCCAGUCGGUUCACCACCAAAUUUGCUUCCCAAAUGGUACUGGAUUCCAGUGCAGAUGUGAGGACCAGUAUCGUUGGUCAUGUGACCAGUGUGUCUCUUAUGGGAAUUGUGAUGACAUCACAUCUGAAACGUGUGGAUGUAUCAAUGCCAUUCCUCCAGAUGGACAGUACUGCCAGUCGGUUCACCACCAAAUUUGCUUCCCAAAUGGUACUGGAUUCCAGUGCAGAUGUGAGGACCAGUAUCGUUGGUCAUGUGACCAGUGUGUCUCUUAUGGGAAUUGUGAUGACAUCACAUCUGAAACGUGUGGAUGUAUCAAUGCCAUUCCUCCAGAUGGACAGUACUGCCAGUCGGUUCACCACCAAAUUUGCUUCCCAAAUGGUACUGGAUUCCAGUGCAGAUGUGAGGACCAGUAUCGUUGGUCAUGUGACCAGUGUGUCUCUUAUGGGAAUUGUGAUGACAUCACAUCUGAAACGUGUGGAUGUAUCAAUGCCAUUCCUCCAGAUGGACAGUACUGCCAGUCGGUUCACCACCAAAUUUGCUUCCCAAAUGGUACUGGAUUCCAGUGCAGAUGUGAGGACCAGUAUCGUUGGUCAUGUGACCAGUGUGUCUCUUAUGGGAAUUGUGAUGACAUCACAUCUGAAACGUGUGGAUGUAUCAAUGCCAUUCCUCCAGAUGGACAGUACUGCCAGUCGGUUCACCACCAAAUUUGCUUCCCAAAUGGUACUGGAUUCCAGUGCAGAUGUGAGGACCAGUAUCGUUGGUCAUGUGACCAGUGUGUCUCUUAUGGGAAUUGUGAUGACAUCACAUCUGAAACGUGUGGAUGUAUCAAUGCCAUUCCUCCAGAUGGACAGUACUGCCAGUCGGUUCACCACCAAAUUUGCUUCCCAAAUGGUACUGGAUUCCAGUGCAGAUGUGAGGACCAGUAUCGUUGGUCAUGUGACCAGUGUGUCUCUUAUGGGAAUUGUGAUGACAUCACAUCUGAAACGUGUGGAUGUAUCAAUGCCAUUCCUCCAGAUGGACAGUACUGCCAGUCGGUUCACCACCAAAUUUGCUUCCCAAAUGGUACUGGAUUCCAGUGCAGAUGUGAGGACCAGUAUCGUUGGUCAUGUGACCAGUGUGUCUCUUAUGGGAAUUGUGAUGACAUCACAUCUGAAACGUGUGGAUGUAUCAAUGCCAUUCCUCCAGAUGGACAGUACUGCCAGUCGGUUCACCACCAAAUUUGCUUCCCAAAUGGUACUGGAUUCCAGUGCAGAUGUGAGGACCAGUAUCGUUGGUCAUGUGACCAGUGUGUCUCUUAUGGGAAUUGUGAUGACAUCACAUCUGAAACGUGUGGAUGUAUCAAUGCCAUUCCUCCAGAUGGACAGUACUGCCAGUCGGUUCACCACCAAAUUUGCUUCCCAAAUGGUACUGGAUUCCAGUGCAGAUGUGAGGACCAGUAUCGUUGGUCAUGUGACCAGUGUGUCUCUUAUGGGAAUUGUGAUGACAUCACAUCUGAAACGUGUGGAUGUAUCAAUGCCAUUCCUCCAGAUGGACAGUACUGCCAGUCGGUUCACCACCAAAUGCAGAUGUGAGGACCAGUACCGUUGGUCAUGUGACCAGUGUGUCUCUUAUGGGAAUUGUGAUGACAUCACAUCUGAAACGUGUGGAUGUAUCAAUGCCAUUCCUCCAGAUGGACAGUACUGCCAGUCGGUUCACCACCAAAACUUCACAGCAUGUCCAACAACAACAGCCUCUCCUACAACAACAACAAUCUCUCCUACAACAGUUCCAACAGUACCACCGACUCUCUAUGAGUACAUGAUUGAAAUUGAACUGAACACCACAGACGUUACAGUGAUAGAUCAACUGAGAGCCAUUCUGAGAAAUGCUAUUUACCCUGUCAGAAUCAACAAUCUGACACAAAUCACUGGUGUUAACAUGUCUACAGUUUGCUUCCCAAAUGGUACUGGAUUCCAGUGCAGAUGUGAGGACCAGUAUCGUUGGUCAUGUGACCAGUGUGUCUCUUAUGGGAAAUGUGAUGACAUCACAUCUGACACAUGUGGAUGUAUCAAUGCCAUUCCUCCAGAUGGACAGUACUGCCAGUCUGUUCACCACCAAAGCUACAUUUCAUGCUAUUCAAUACCACCGACUCUCUAUGAGUACAUGAUUGAAAUUGAACUGAACACCACAGACGUUACAGUGAUAGAUCAACUGAGAGCAAUUCUGAGAAAUGCUAUUUACCCUGUCAGAAUCAACAAUCUGACACAAAUCACUGGUGUUAACAUGUCUACAGUUUGCUUCCCAAAUGGUACUGGAUUCCAGUGCAGAUGUGAGGACCAGUACCGUUGGUCAUGUGACCAGUGUGUCUCUUAUGGGAAUUGUGAUGACAUCACAUCUGAAACGUGUGGAUGUAUCAAUGCCAUUCCUCCAGAUGGACAGUACUGCCAGUCGGUUCACCACCAAAACUUCACAGCAUGUCCAACAACAACAGCCUCUCCUACAACAACAACAACAAUCUCUCCUACAACAGUUUGCUUCCCAAAUGGUACUGGAUUCCAGUGCAGAUGUGAGGACCAGUAUCGUUGGUCAUGUGACCAGUGUGUCUCUUAUGGGAAUUGUGAUGACAUCACAUCUGACACGUGUGGAUGUAUCAAUGCCAUUCCUCCAGAUGGACAGUACUGCCAGUCGGUUCACCACCAAAGCUCCCUCCCUCGCUCUCUGUCUUUCUGUCUGUCUGUCUUUCUGUGUGUGUCUCUCUCUCUCUCUAAUUUAGACUCUACAACACCUGAGGCCAGCACUAGAGAACAAAUAACUACAGUUGAUAACACAACACAACUGAACACAGUUACCAACUCUACAACACCUGAGGCCAGCACUAUAGAACAAAUAACUACAGUUGAUAACACAACACAACUGAUCACAGUUACCAACUCUACUACACCUGAGGCCAGCACUAGAGAACAAAUAACUACAGUUGAUAACACAAUACAACUGACCACAGUUACCAACUCUACGACUCCUGAGGCCAGCACUACAGAACAAAUGACCAAAGUUACCAACUCUACAACAACUCCACCCACAACAGGACAAAGUACUACAGUUGACCCCACAACACAACUGACCACAGUUACCAACUUUACUACACCUGCAGCUACAACAAAUCAGACAACUGCAGUUGACCCCACAACACAACCGACCACAGACACCAGAACUACAGUAACUACUGUACCACCACCAGCAACUACAAAAACGACACCACCAACAACAAUACCACCACCAACACCACCAACAACAAUACCACCACCAACAACAAUACCACCACCAACAACAAUACCACCAACACCACCAACAACAGGACCACCACCACCAACAACACCACCACCAGCUACAAAACCAGCUGAUAUUCUGUUGCUGUCGAUGUCCUUCAAAAUGAAUGAAGAUUUCACCAACGAACUAAAUGAUAAAAAUAGUGUCAAAUACAAAAAGUACAAAGACGAUAUUGAACCAGUUAUCCAGGCACAGUAUAGGAAGAACAUGCCAGGGUUUAUUUCAGCAGCAUUGACAAGUUUCAGCCGUGGAAGUGUUAUAGCCAACUUUGAAGUUAGGACCACAGCUGCAGACCCCACUGCAAUUAACAAAGCUAAUGCUGGACUUGCAACAUCACUUCCAGCUGUUUAUCAAGUUGAUAUUAGCUCUUUCAAUAUUAUUUAUAACAGUAGCACAGUAUUAAGUUAUAAACCAACUACCAUUUACACUGAUGGCACCAUGACUCUGGAGUGUGGACCACCUCCUGAUUCUGUAAAGAUGGGUACUAUUAAAAGCGUUGAGUGGAAACGAAAGGGAAGAGUUUUAACAUCGACUGGAAGGUUCAACAUCAAUACAGAUGAUUUUGCAUCAAAAAAGACAACACUUGGUAUCAAAAAUGUAAUUGCUGAUGAUAAAGGGGAAUAUGAAUGCACUCUGAAGAGUGCCGAAAUCUAUUUCUACCAAAUGGGUCAAAUUGACAUCAAAGAUGCUCCCAUUAUUCAAACGAAGACAGAAAUCAAUACCCCUUGUUUGGCGGGGAAUAGUCAGCCAUUGGAGUGUUGUGUGCAGACUCCCUAUAAACUCAUGUGGAAAGAAGGCGAUGUAGAUUUGCUCACAAAUGAGACUCCUGACAAUUGCAUUAAAUAUAAAUAUAAAAUCAUUCAAAACUGUGAUGUAUCAUCCAAAGUUGUCACAUUAACAUGCCAAGUGAAAGACCCUACAGGAUAUGAAAAGACUACAAAAUUGACUCUUUUCGUAGGAGCUAUAACUUGCCAAGAUCCGGAAUAUGGUAAUGGCCAAGAGAAAGACACAUCAGUGGCACCAUGUAAGAAAGGUGAGGAUGGAAGAAAGACAGCGAUUUGUAAAAGUGGACGUUGGAUACUUCAGACUGACACUUGUGUCUUGACUGCAAUCAAUGAGCUACUGACCUCAUCUCAGGACUUGAAAGAGGCAACAGUUGAAGAAUUUUUAACAAAACUGAAUAAUACCGCUGUUGAUCUAAAAGAGAAAAUCGUUAGUUCAAGUGCAACUAUUUCGACCAUUGUUGAAAUUCUGAGAAUUGUUGCAAGCGUUUCAAAGAAUAUCAGCCAGUCUGAGAUAAAGAACAUUCUAGAAACAGUGAAUGUCCUAGUUUCUGAUGAAGCAAAAGAAUCCUGGGCCUUUCUCAAUGCCGACCAAAAUAAGAACACCAGCUCUAGUUUACUGGGCUCCAUGGAAUUUUUUGCAGGUUCUCUCCCAACGACGUCCUUUAAUGUGACAACAAAUCUAAUUCAGUUAAACCAAGACACAUUUGACAACUCAUUCAGCACAAACUUAAAUUCAAGUGUGUUAAUAGAGAUCCCAGAGACUAAUUCCAAUCACCUCACCAUCACCACUCUAACGUUCCGCUCCCUCAGAAAUGUGUUACCUGCCAGGAACGGCAGCAACCAAAGUGUCAAUGACAACACCAUCAAUGGAGUUGUAGUGAUGGUGAAGUUGAAUGGAACGACUAAAAAUGUCUCAUUGAGCUUCGACAAGGUGAACAAGUCGCUCACACUCAAUCCUCAGUGUGUUUUCUGGAACUUCAGCCUUUUUAACAGCCUUGGAGGAUGGGAUGACACAGGAUGUAAACUGAAGUCUAAUGAGAAGGGCAAGGUCAUCUGUCACUGUAACCAUCUGACCUCCUUCUCCAUUUUGAUGUCAACUUCCAUUCCGAAAGAGAUUCAAGAUGCUUUGGAUAUAAUCACUUAUGUUGGAGUUGGCAUAUCGAUGGGUAGCUUAGUCAUUUGUCUCAUCAUUGAGGCUUGUGUAUGGAAGGCCAUGACCAGAAACAACACCUCUUACAUGCGCCAUGUCUCCAUUGUGAACAUCGCUGUGUCUCUCCUGAUUGCCGACAUUUGGUUCAUUAUUGGUGCAUCAAUAUCAAAAAAUACCCUUGAAAACCCAGGCGAAGACACCACAACACCUAUACCGGCAUGUACUGCAGCUACGUUUUUCAUUCACUUUUUCUACCUUGCUCUGUUCUUUUGGAUGCUGAUCUCAGGCCUUCUCCUUUUCUACCGGACCAUCUUGGUUUUCUCCCAUAUGUCAAAAUCAACUAUGCUGGCCAUUGGCUUCUCAGUAGGCUAUGGGGCACCUCUUAUCAUUGCUGUUGUUACUGUGGCAGCAACAGCUCCUAGUGGUGGAUACAUCAAGGAAAACCAGGCAUGUUGGCUCAACUGGGACAAGACAAUGGCUCUCCUUGCUUUUGUGAUCCCUGCCCUGACCAUAGUGGUCAUCAACUUUUUGAUCCUGAUUGUGGUUCUGUACAAAAUGCUGAGGAGAGGGGUGGGGGAUGCUACCCAGCCAGAUGAGAGAAAUGCUGUUGUGGUCAUUGCCAGGUGUCUGGCCAUUCUGACUCCAUUCUUUGGCCUUACCUGGGGACUGGGAGUAGGAACCAUGGUUGAUCCAACAAAUAAGGGAAUCCAUGUUGUAUUUGCCCUCUUCAAUUCACUACAGGGUUUCUUUGUUUUGGUGUUUGGAACACUUUUAGACGGCAAGAUCCGGUCAGCUAUAGUAGGAACGUUCUCUUCCAUCCUCCCAGGCUCUGACCGUACGAGGAGUACCAGUGGUGGCGCGGCAACAUCAUCAACCAGUGCAUUAAACUUCAUCCGAAGAAGGAUAAGGAGGAAUGUCUACAAUGUUUCGGAAGUUGCAAAUUCUUCCAACAGCACUGGUGCUACAGAGUCUUUCAUCAACACCUAAAAGUACCCAAUGGUCAUACUUGAGUUAAAGUAUAGAUACCUUAAUAUGAAGUUACUCAAGUAAAAGUCACUCAGUGAAAAACUAUUUGAGUAAAUUGAUUUGUUUUUAAAUAUACUUAAGUAUCAAAAGUAAAUGUAAUUGAUGAAAAAAUACUUACAUAAGAAUCAAAAGUAAAAGUAUAAAUAAUUUUAAAUUCUUUAUUUUAAGCAAAGCAGAUGGCACCAUUUUAAUGUUUUUAAAAUGUAUGGAUAGCCAAGAAUUAUAGCCUUUGACCUGGACCUGCCAUAAAACAUGGCUUGGUCCAACACACAAUGAAUCUAUUGAUGUGAAGAUUUGUGGACUUUUCUGGAAUAAUGUUGUGAGUUCUACAGUGCCUUGCAAAAUGAUUAAUCCUCAUUGGCGUUUUUCCUAUUUUGUUGCAUUAAAACCUGUAAUUUAAAUAGAUUUUUAUUUGGAUUUCAUGCAAUGGACAUACACAAAAUAAUCAAAAUUGGUGAAAUGAAAUUUAAAAAAUAACUUGUUUAAAAAAAUUAUAACAUGGAAAAGUGGUGUGUGCAUAUGUAUUCACCCCUUUGCUGUGAAGUCCCCAAAUAAGAUCUUGUGCAAUCAAUUACCUUCAUAAGUCACAUAAUUUGUUAAAUGAAGUCCACCUGUGUGCAAUCUAAGUGUCACAUGAUCUGUCACAUGACCUCAGUAUAUAUACACCUGUUCUGAAUGGUCCCAGAGUCUGCAACACCACUAAGCAAGGGGCACCACCAAGCAAGCGGCACCAUGAAGACCAAGGAGCUCUCCAAACAGGUCAGGGACAAAGUUGUGGAGAAGUACAAAUCAUGUUUGGGUUAUACAAAAUAUCAGAACCUUUGAACAUCCCACAGAGCACCAUUAAAUCCAUUAUUAAAAAAUUGAAAGAAUAUGGCACCAUAACAAACCUAUCUAGAAGAAAAAGAAACGCACACCUAUUUAGGCAAGGUGCUGGUUAGCGGAGUAGAAAACUUAAAAAUAAAAGAGAGCCGCAAACUCUAGGAGCUCAAAUGCAAAAUUUAAUUACCAACGUUUCGACAGCCAAGCUGUCUUCAUCAGGGUAUAAUCACAAACACUGCGGGAUGACUCGUUUAUAUAGUGUCAAAAGACACAGGUGUCUGUAAUCAUGACCAAGAGUGGCCUAAUAUAAUUGGUUAAUUAUCAAAUAUUAAAAUGGCAUACAAAGAACAGCAUACAAACCUGCCAAGAGAGGGCCUCCCAUCAAAACUCACAGACCAGGCAAGGAGGGCAUUAAUCAGAGAGGCAACAAAGAGACCAAAGAUAAUCCUGAAGGAGCUGCAAAGCUCCACAGCGGAGAUUGGAGUAUCUGUCCAUAGGACCACUUUAAGCCGUACACUCCACAGAGCUGGGCUUUACGGAAGAGUGGCCAGAAAAAAGCCAUUGCUUAAAGAACAAAAUAAGCAAACACGUUUGGUGUUCACCAAAAGGCAUGUGGGAGACUCCCCAAACAUAUGGAACAAGGUACUCUGGUCAGAUGAGUCUAAAAGUUUGCUUUUUUGCCAUCAAGGAAAAUGCUAUGUCUGGCGCAAACCCAACACCUCUCAUCAUCCCGAGAACAUCAUCCACACAGUGAAGCAUGGGGGUGGCAGCAUCAUGCUGUGGGGAUGUUUUUCAUCAGCAGGGACUGGGAAACUGGUCAGAAUUGAAGGAAUGAUGGGUGGCGCUAAAUACAGGGAAAUUCUUGAGGGAAACCUGUUUCAGUCUUCCAGAGAUUUGAGACUGGGACGGAGGUUCACCUUCCAGCAGGGCAAUGACUCUAAGCAUACUGCUAAAGCAACACUUGAGUGGUUUAAGGGGAAACAUUUAAAUGUCUUGGAAUGGCCUAGUCAAAGCCCAGACCUCAAUCCAAUUGAGAAUCUGUGGUAUGACUUAAAGAUCGCUGUACACCAGCGGAACCCAACCAACUUGAAGGAGCUGGAGAAGUUUUUCCUUGAAGAAUGGGCAAAAAUCCCAGUGGUUAGAUGUGCCAAACUUAUAGAGACAUACCCCAAGAGACUUGCAGCUGUAAUUGCUGAAAAAGGUGGCUCUACAAAGUAUUGACCUUGGGGUGAUGAGUAGUUAUGCACGCUCAAGUUCUUUUUUUUUUUGCGUGUCUUAUUUCUUGUUUGUUUCACAAUAAAACAUCUUCAAAGUGGUAGGCAUGUUGAGAAAAGCAGAUGACACAACCCCCCAAAAAAUCUAUUUUAAUUCCAGGUUGUAAGGCAACAAAAUAGGAAAAAUGCCAAGGGGGUGAAUACUUUCGCAAGCCACUGUAUAAGGGUUCUGUCUGAGAGACUUGCCUCUUUUUUGUUGUACACGUUUAUGACGUUUAUGACGUCUAGACGCUACAGUAAAUGAUGGACCAGCUUGAACCAGCUUCUGAACAAGACAUAGCACUUUAAAUGAUGUAUGGUAUUGAAGUACUUUUUCUUUUUUGCGAUUCAGAUUUCCAAAGAAACCGUAGCAAUAUUCAAAUAUAAUAGAUGACCAGACAAAUACAGGAACUUAUGAAGGUCAAUUAGCUGCAUUGGUACAGACAAGUGCUAACUGCAUGACAGAGAAUUCGCCUUUUUUUAAAUACAUUUUUACUCCAUACUUUAUAUUAAGCUAUGGUUUUCCAUAUUGUUGCCAUUACCACUUCUGUGUGUUGUAUUAAGACAUGUUAUACAGCUGCUAUUGACUUUUCAUAUGUAAUGGGCAUAUUUUAAACGUGUAUAAUAUAUUGUUGAAGAUGCUUCUACAGUAGAUAAUGUUGGAUACACAAGUAGUAACAAAGAGUUUUGUCUCGUUGAUCCUGUCUCACAGACGGUGUUGCUGCAACUCGAUUAAAAAAGUCUUGAUUCAACCAUCCACCCAAUAAAGAUGCCGUGUUUGCCAUA